AUAGGAGCAUAUAUUCCUCAUCGCUACCACUUUGUGAAUGAGAAUAAAACCUGGAGUGAAACUCAGACUUACUGCAGAGAGAAAUACACUGAUCUGGCAACCAUCAACAACAUGGGAGAGAUGAAGAAGCUGAAUCACACACUGAUGAAGGAAAAUGCAAAGAAAGCUUGGAUUGGUCUACAGAGAGAGGGACCUGGGAAAUGGCAGUGGUCUCUGGCAACUUUCUACAGAGACGGAGACACUUACAGAAACUGGAGGAGUGGAGAACCUAAUGGUGGUGUGGCCAUCAGUUCUGUGCUGAGAUGUAUAAAAAUGAUGGAAAGUGGAAUGAUGUCAACUGUGUGGCAUUAAGACCUUUUAUAUGUUAUAAAGAAAAUAAUGCAAACACUAAAUAUGUAGUGAUUAAUGAGUCAAAGAUCUGGUAUGAUGCUCAGAUCUACUGUAGAGAGAAAUACACUGACCUGGUCAGUGUGAGGAACCAAACUGAGAAAGAGGAGAUCUGGAGAAUGAUUAAUAGUUCUGUGGGUGGGGUUUGGAUUGGUCUGUUUAAUGACUCCUGGAAGUGGUCAGAUCAGAGUAACUCCUUAUUCAGAUACUGGAGCUCUGACAAACCCAGUGGAGGUUUGAACUGUUCUGCAGUGUCUGAGUCUGAGCAACGUUACUGGAGUGAUGUGGACUGCACAGAAAAACUCCUGUUCAUCUGCCAUGAGAAUAAGCUGAUCCUGAUUAAUGAGACUCUGACCUGGAAAGAAGCUCUGAGAUACUGCAGGAACCAUCAUCAUGACCUGGUCUCAGUGCGCACUGAGGAGAUGCAGCUCUGGUUGAAGGAAGUGGCUCAAAACACCUCCACUGAACACGUGUGGCUCGGCCUGCGUCACACCUGCGCUCUGGGCUUCUGGUACUGGGUGAAUGGAGAGAUGAUCUGCUACCAGGACUGGGGUCCGGGCAACGGGACAGGGUUUGAAGACUGCAGCCAUGAGGAGAGAACCGGAGCAGUGCAGUCUGGAGGAGAGCAGAAGUGGAUCAGCCUGCCUCAGAGCGAAAAACUCAACUUCAUCUGCUCUGCCUAUGAAGAUUUGUUUUAUUAAACAUGAAGACUGAAGACCAGCUGUGGUCCAACAUCUGUAUCCAGCAUCAGCUGAUUUGCAGUACUGUCUCAUUUAUACUCUUCUACAC